GAAAGUCACACAAGUUUAAUAUCCUUUGACUUACAUAAUAUAUACUCCUAUUAAAACUUAAUAGGUCAAAGUUAACAAAAUUGCAUGAUAAAAUCCUAAAAUCACUCAAGUAUUCCGAUUUAACUAAUUUCUUUUUUAGCAAUACUUUUUAAAUAAAUUCACACUCUCACCACUUAUCUACAAAACCAACAAAAUUUAUCCAAAAAAAUAAUUAUAAAUAUCAUUCAACUCACACACUAAAAAGUCCUAGAGUAGCUAGGAAACAAACUCUUAGGUUGUUAGGAGACACAACUAUUUUCUCCCUCGAAAAUUUGCAUAAAUACGUGACCAAACACAAAUUAAACUACAAAAAAAUCAUAAUCAUAUUCUCUUCAUUAAAAUUUAGAGAGCACACACAAAAAAAAAAAAAAGAGAUCGUUAGUUUUAAUUUGUUGAAACGAAACUCGAUUGAUCAUGGAUCCAAUGAUGAAGGAAAACGGUGAGAUAGUGAAAAAGGAAAAUAGUGAGGGUGAGAACAACCUUAACGGUUGGCUCCCUGUUACGGCGAACCGUGAGGGGAAGUGGUGGUACGCUGCCAUUCACAGUGUCACCGGUAUGGUUGGCGCAGGUAUUCUUGGAUUACCAUACGCCAUGUCUCAACUCGGGUGGGGUCCGGGCGUUACAUUAUUGUUAGUAUCAUGGGCUAUAACAUUAUAUACGUUAUGGCAAAUGAUCGAAUUGCACGAGGCAGUGCCUGGAAAGCGAUUCGAUCGUUAUCACGAAUUAGGGCAAUACGCAUUUGGAGAGAAGCUUGGGUUAUGGGUAAUUGUUCCACAACAAUUUAUGGUCCAAGCAGGAUGCGAUAUUGUUUACAUGGUAACCGGAGGAAGUUCGCUAAUGAAGUUCUAUAAUAUUGUUCACCCAAAUGGACCGCCGAUCAAGCUUACAUAUUUUAUUAUGAUGUAUGCGGUCAUCGAAUUCCUGCUUUCUAACUUACCAAACUUUAACUCCAUUGCUGGCGUCUCAUUAACGGCAGCUAUAAUGUCUCUCAGUUAUUCAGCUAUUGCUUGGAUAGCAUCACUUAUAAAAGGAGUACAACCAGACACAAGUUACGCUAGUAGGUAUAAUACUAGCGCAAGCCAAAUAUUUGGAUUUUUGAGUGGAAUAGGAACGGUUGCAUUUGCCUUUUCUGGGCACAACAUAGUACUGGAGAUUCAAGCAACCAUCCCUACCAGCCCGGAAAACCCUUCUAAAAAAGCUAUGUGGAAAGGGUCUUUAAUAGCUUAUGUAAUUGUGGGAUUGUGUUAUUUUCCAGUGGCUUUUGUGGGUUAUCUCGUGUUCGGCAGGUUUGUUGAGGACAAUGUUAUGAUCUCCCUCCAAAACCCCAAUUGGCUUAUUGCUGCUGCUAAUCUAUUUGUUGUUAUACAUGUUAUUGGCAGCUAUCAAGUUUACGCGAUUCCUGUUUUUGACAUGCUGGAAUCUUUUAUGGUGUUGAAAAUGAAAUUCCAACCUAGUAGGAAGCUUCGAAUUAUAACUCGUGGGUCUUAUGUUGGAAUUACUAUGUUUAUAGGCAUAGCGUUUCCCUUUUUUGGAUCCCUCCUCAGCGUGUUGGGAGGAAUUGCUUUUGCACCUACCUCCUUUUAUCUACCUUGCAUAAUAUGGCUUAUAAUACGCAAACCAGAGAAAUACAGUAUAUCAUGGUUUCUUAAUUGGGCUUUUAUCAUUUUUGGCAUGUCGUUGACGAUUUUAGCUCCUAUAGGAGCCAUAAGAGACAUAGUUGUUCAAUGCGGAACCUUUAAAUUUUUCUCGUAAUCCAUUAGAGCGAGGUGAAAGGACGGUUAAUCCUAUCAAUUUUUAUAUAGGGGAUUACCUAUGUUGGUUAUUAAAUUUAACUAUUGUUUAGACUUUAUUCUUCUAAUUUCUCAGACAAGUGCUUUAAACUAUGAAGUAGUGUUUUUAAUCUUUUAUUACCUAUAAACAUUUUGUAAUUUGUUGUUAACAUUUGAAGUUUUAUAUCAAUCGUGAUGUUUUAUUA